AUGGGAGCUGUGCGGCCUGCUUUGAUAGACUUCCAAGUCAUCCCAGCAACCGAAGAUGAUUGUUUAACACUUGCGCAAGUGGAAGCUAUCGCGUUUGAUAAUUCAAAGAAAGAGCCCCCUGGGUCCAAUACCUUCCAGAUAAUGUUCGGCUCAUACAGCGAUGUGGGCAAUGAAUUCCGACGCGGCAACUUCCUCGAAAAAAUGCAGACAGACCCGACUGCCCGCUUCUGGAAGGCUGUGACCAAGGACGAUAAUGGACUGGAGAAAAUCAUUGGCUGGGCCCGUUGGCAUUAUUUCACUGAGCCUAAGACCAUAGAGCCAUUGAAAAAGGAUAUUCCUUGGCCCGCCACGGCGAAUCGCGAUGCUUGCAACGAUUUUAUCGGGGCUAUUGAGCUGGCGAAAAAGAAACAUAUGGAUGGGAAGAGAUUUAGAUUCCUGCAGGUCAUUGCUACACUCCCGGAAUAUAGUGGGAAAGGUGUCGGGUCGGCCUUGUUGCGACAAGGACUUUCAACCGGCCGGGAGCUGGGCCUGAAUGACUAUUGGAUUGACGCAUCUGCUGAUGGUCAUGAUCUGUAUGCGAAAUUUGGAUUUGUGGAUACUGAACCUAUCCUAAUGGAUGCGGAGAAAUAUGGUGGAGUCGGUACUAUUUGUAUAAUGGGAAUGAGAAAGACAGAGUAA